UCCGACUUCGCCCGUUGAAUUUUCAUCCGGCCGACGAAAGGAGCUUCAAUUUCGCUCAGCGCCUGUUCAUUUGUAAUGUUAAUCAGGUCUCGUCCGAAUCGCGAUAGCCGCGGUACAACGUAGGGACGUUAGAAAUCGGUGGAGAAAAUUUUCCGUGCUUCUUUCGAUCUCUAUCUGUCGUAUCCCGCAACCAUUUUGAUAUAUCGUGAAAAUUGUUUUACGAGCAACGUGCACGGUUUACCAGUCUGAAGCAAAGUCUUCUUUUACAGCCUCUUGAUGCUCAAUCUGCUGGUGAUAUUCCAUCCGGCUGGCUCGAGACUCCUAAAUUCGGAGUUGGCGGAGAUACUUCAUCGACCCAUCCGGUCCCUCACGUUCCCGGAAGAAAGUACCGCAGGUCUGUUCGUCGCGCUGGCGAUACCGCUGGAGGAUCCAUACAAAUCGAUUUCCAUAGCCGAUUUCUUCGAGGCGACUUACAACUUGCCAACGAACGCCAGCGAUGAGAAACUCUGGCUGUAUACCGAGGAACAAAGAAGGAAGAGAAGCUUGGACAGAGCUACGCUUUAUCAAGCUGUAGAGAAUAAGUUCGUCAACUACGGAUAUCAGGGUCACGAAUGCCUGCUGAGGGCCAUUUGCGAAACUUCGGAGCACUACCUGAGACAUAACGGACUCAUUGGUGACAUUCUGCACGUGAUCUUCACACCAACAAGCUCGCGACACGAGCCACUACCGCGGGAUAUUCUUCAAGCCGAAGUGGUUGGACGUAAUGGAAGCUGCUCUAAGUACCGACCGCAAUGCCCCGUGGGACUCUUCGACUUGAUUGGAGUCCUCGCUUGAACUCUGAAAAACCACUGCGGUGCAACGCCGCUUGCACUUCGAUCGGAUAAACAGUUCGAUUUUAUGCUCGCACUCGGUGCCGUUCCAGCGCUUCGAUUACUAUAAAUAUCAUACAAUUUAAUGGAUUGAUCGUUUUACGUGCUACUUUCCUCCAACGAAGAAUUUAUUUUAAGCUCUCGAGAAUAUUUUAAGAAUAAAUAUUUUUAUAAAUGUAA